GUGAACCGAAAGGUGGUACGGACUGUGACUUAACGGUUUCGUCUCGGAACUGUUACAUAGUAACAUUUUCCGACAGAGGGGGAAAAAUAAAAGAAGCUGCGGGAGGAGAAUUUUUGCUUCGUGCGAACAUAUUUUCCCUAAAAAGAAAAUUAGAGACGCUGCCUACUUCAAUCUGAAAUUUUACUUCAAAAGCGAGCUGCUUGCAAGAUUUUUUUUCAUUAUCGAAAGAAAUGCUCGGAGGUUUAUAAAAUAAUUUAAAAGAAAACAAUUUUAGACUUUACUUGAAUUUUCAUCAAAGAAAUAUUAUCUGUCUGAGGGUUAAAGUGCAAAAUACGAGCUAAUCCCAGAUUUUAUGAUGCGGUCGUUUCAACUCAAUUUCAACGCUCAAGCGUUUUAUAGCAAAGCAUUGCGUCUUUUAGGACAUGACUGAAAAGAAAAUUUUUACGGCUUUCAGAGUAUGAAAGUUAAUUAAAGCGGCUAAAAUUGCACAAAGAUCUACACGGCCAUAUCUUUCACAGAAAGAGAGUUUGCGGUCAAUUUAUCUCCACUUAUAGAGUAUUUCUUGCUUAGAAAAUCAUGAUAAGAAAAUACUAAAGAAAAACAGGGCCAAUAUUUGUAAGUGAAAAUGGUUUGAGUGAAUUCCUCUACUUCUAUUCAAAAUGGCUUUUUGUGCUGGUACUGUAUACAGUGCAUUUGUGACUUGAGUUUAAGAAUUUUGGAGGAGAGCUUUCAAUAUUGAAUAAAAUUACUUUCAGAUUAGUAUACAUUUAUCACUCUUACCGUAUUUUUAAUUUACUUGCCGUGCUAUAAAGAAAAGUUUUUGAAAAGUUAAAGGAAUUAGUCGCAUUCCUAAAUAGAAUUACAAAAAAUACUUUUAUGUGAAAAAGAUGAAUCAACUUUCUCUUGAUAUUUUUGGCAAUGAUCAUUUCUUUCAAGUGUAUUAAUCAACUGAAAGGAAAUUUGUAACAACUUCUAACUUGCAUUUAUUGAAAUGCCCGAAGUGCAUUCCCGAAAUGUGGUGAUAUUAAAAGUGGUUUCUUUUCAAAGUGAAAUGUUUAUCAUCGAAGUUCCAUUUGUCGUUCAAUAAAGAUAAUUGAAAAUUAAAUAUUUGAGGCUUAAAAUUUUGCUGAUUUUAAGAAACAGUUUAAUUAAGUGGCUCAAAACUAUCGAGUGUGCAAAUUUAUUCGCAGUUUAUCGAAAUUUUCGAUCCCCCCCCCCACCUCUUUAUCAGACGAGUUGAGAAGAUGUCAUUCCGAAGUGACGUGAAUCUGCAAAAUGAUGAUCGACAACGAUAACUCAACUGAGAACAACUACUUCGGACCGGCUCCAGAAAAUCUCACCUACUUGUUGUCCAACAUCAGCGCAGAAGGUUCCUCCAAGGUGAGGGCCCCUGCUUCUGUCAGCGCGGAGUUGCCCGCCUACAUCCGAAUCGCCGCCACCACAGUAUGUGCCGUGAUUCUGACUCUGGGCACGGCGGGCAACAUCUUGGUGGCGACCGUCGUCUGGAAGACCAAAGAGCUGAGGAAUUCCACCAACCUGUUCCUCAUCAACCUCAGUCUGGCCGAUCUCAUGGUGCUGUUGGUGUGCGUGCCACCUGUUCUGGUGGAGCUUCACUCUAUGCCGGAAGUCUGGAUUAUGGGAGAAGGAAUGUGCAAGGCCGUCCCUUACGUGCAGCUGACGGCAGCACAUGGAUCCGUUCUCACCAUUCUGGCCAUCAGCUUCGAACGCUACUACGCCAUCUGCCAGCCGCUGAAAGCCGGCUACACUUGCACUCAAAUGCGGGCCCUGGCCAUCAUAGUGGCCAUCUGGUUGGUGGCAGCCCUGUUUACCACGCCCGUGCUUUUCACCGUCCAUUACCAUCUUGAAGAAACCCUGCUCUCAGGUGAACCCGUGCCCGUCUGUUACCAGAGUAUCGAGCGAAUUUGGCAAAAGGUCUACUAUCUGUCUGCUAUCGGAGUUUUCUACGCCCUGCCCUUCCUCAUACUGCUGGCCGUCUACUGUCAUAUCGCAAGGCACCUAAUGGCGGGCAGCAGGGUGCUUGCCUCUUCCAGCGAAGAGACCCAAAUGCGGGCCAGAAAACAGGUGGUCUUGAUGCUGGUAGCGGUAGUAGUCAGUUUCUUCAUAUGCUUGUUACCUUUCAGGGUAUUCACGAUAUGGUUAAUUCUUUCGGAACCGGCAGAUAUCAUCAGUCUGGGCAUGGAGACCUACUACAGUCUUCUGUACUUCUGCAGGCUGUUAGUUUACAUUAAUGCCGCACUCAACCCGAUACUUUACAAUGCCAUCUCUUCCAAAUUCCGCAACUCUUUCAUCCGACUCCUGAGAUGCUCGAACAUGAGAAGCAGAUUAACUCGGCAAAUCACCAAGGGCACCACUACCUCGAGCACUGCUACCACCAGCGGAAGCGUGAAGAAAGAUACCUUGCUGUCCCAUCAGCAGAGCAACAGGCAGCUGAGAGUCACGGUCAACAGCAAUUCACUCUGGAAUGCUGGACCCAAACCAGAAAAUGUAUGACGAAAGUUUCAGGCUUAGUGGACUAAAACUGAUAGGGUGCACACAAUAUCUUACGUUCCACAAUUUUGGUUCAUGGUGCUGGACAUGGAAGCACGUGAUUACGGGCAGCUUGUAAACUAUUUUUAUGUAUGUUUUUGUAUAUAAUUAUUUAUGUAGUCACCCAUUUGUGUUGUUAUUUAUACGUUGUAGCUCAUUUAUUAUUAUUUUAAUAUGUGAUAGAAUCUCAUUUUCUAUUCCAUGAAAACUUUUUUUUUUCAUACAACUGUCGGAAAACGUCAGCUUUGUUCAUUAGUUUAGUGCAUGCAGUGGUGUAUUUGUUCGUAGCAUUAUAAUAGAAAAAAAUGUCAUGAUUUAUGAAGUCAUAAAAUAUAAUACCGGUACUUACUUUUUCAACUGUCUUUGCUCAUGUUCCUUUUACCUCUUAAAAAUG